UACCAACCAAGUGAUAUUCAUUCAUCGGUCUGCAAAUAAAUUGAAACUUUAACUUAAAAAUGGGCGACGCAACUACCGAAAUUCAACCCGAAGACAGUGCAAACAACAACGUACCAGCAGACCCGAAGUCGGAGGAAAAAGACAAUAAAUUAAACAAUGAACUAAAGAAAAGGCUACGAAGAUACAUAAAGAAAUUAGACGAAUCAGGCACAAGCGUAACAAAAGAGGAGAGUGAGAAAAUAGAAAUUGAAACAUUCAAACAGCUGUACAAACCUCCAUUGGACGCCAAUCAAGAGUCUUACAAGAAAAUACCUAAAUUCUACUUCAAACUACCACGCAAUGACGAGGUACUCAAUCAGAAGCUUAGAGAGGAGACGAGAGCUCAGUUCUUGCAGAAGAAAAGUAAAGAAUUACUGGAUAAUAGUGAGUUGAAACAUCUGUGGGGGUUGAUUGAGAAAUCCAACGGUAGUUAUAGUAUGGCGAACAACCACGAGCUGACUAUAGACUAUUUCCAGUUUAGGAAGAUUAGGGACGAGGCUGGACCUAAAUAUAGGCCAUACUUCACGGCAGAAGUGUUUGGUCGCUUGCAAGCGGCGGAGGGGGGUGUGGGGCGGGUGCGGGGGGUGUCUCUCUUCAACUACGUGAUGAGGAGGGUGUGGCUGCAGCAGACCAGGAUCGGUUUGUCCCUCUAUGACGUCACGGGGCAGGGAUAUCUCACCGAACAUGACCUGGAGAGCUACAUAGCAGAACUAGUGCCUUCCCUGGCGGCAUUGGACGGCCUGGACUCGUCGUUCAGCUCGUUCUACGUGUGCACGGCCGCGAGGAAGUUCCUGUUCUUCCUCGACCCGCUCAGGGUCGGCCGCGUGCGGAUCAGAGACGUGCUGUCGUGCUCCUUCCUCGAUGAUCUGUUAGAGCUUCGCGAGGAAGACCUUCCGAUGGAGCUUCAAGAACAGAACUGGUUCAGCGCGGCGUCAGCGCUGCGGGUGUACGGGCAGUACCUCAAUCUGGACAGGGACCACAACGGAAUGCUGAGCAUCAACGAAUUAGCCGGUUACGGCUCGGGCACCCUGACCCGCGCGUUUCUCCAGCGUGUGUUCCAGCAGUGCCUCACGUACGACGGCGAGAUGGAUUACAAGACGUAUUUGGACUUAGUCCUGGCGCUGGAGAACAGGCGGCAGCCGGCGGCGCUGGCGUACCUGUUUCGUGUGCUCGAUAUCAAUUCGCAAGGAUAUUUGGACGCGUUCACGCUAAAUUAUUUUUUCAAGGCGAUACAAGAACAAAUGGUGGCCCACGGCGCCGAGCCGGUCAACUUUGAGGACGUGAAAGACGAAAUAUUCGACAUGAUCCGGCCCGUUCAUCCGGCGAGAAUAACUCUCAACGAUCUAAUAAAAAGCGGUCACGGGCAUACGGCGGUGUCCAUAUUGUUGGAGUUGCACGGGUUUUGGGCGUACGAGAAUAGAGAAGCUUUGGCGGCCGCGGACCAUAGCGCUUGACCACUGGACCGGGGGGAGUUUGGGACCCUGAGGAGUAAGACUUUGAAAGAUGAUGUCAUUGCCAAGAUGAUAAAUUAACGCGUGUGUCAGCAUACGUAUGACAGAAUGUGAAGGAGUGUAAAUCUUGACCACUGGACCAAAGGGAGUUUGGAACUCUAAUGUGUGUUUGUGCAAGACGGGGUGAUAACAGAAAUGAUAAUUUAAAUUCACAAAAAAAUACAAUCUUUAAAUAGUAAAUCUUGACCACUGGACCGAAGGGAGUUUGGAACUCUAAUGUGUGUUUGUGCAAGACGGGGUGAUAACAGAAAUGAUUAUUUAAAUUCACAAAAAAUUCCAUCUUUAAAUAGUAAAUCUUGACCACUGGACCAAAGGGAGUUUGGAACUCUAACAU